AAAUGGACCGUAUCUGAAAAAAGAACUAAUCGACGUCGUAUUCUGAAAAGCACGAUCAUGGCGAUGCUCAUGGCUUCAAGGUUUAACAGUGAAGCUAAGAUCGCGUCUCGAUUCCUGUCAACACUCUUCAGAAACCAAAGAGUGACGGCCUCAUCAUCAUCAUCAUCCUCUUCUCUCCUCCUUAACCCGUUGACUUCUUCCACUCUCCGUCACUUCAGAUCCUCUCCGGAGAUCUCUUCUCUCUCCUUCUCUGCUUCCGGCUUCCCUCUAGCGAUGAAGAGCCAGCAGCAGAGUCGGAGCUAUGGAGAUGUCUCGAAACGAGAUCCGUGCGAGGCCGUUAAGCGUGAGAAUGGAGCUGAUGGGCUCAACAUCGCUGAGAAUGUGUCUCAGCUCAUUGGGAAAACUCCUAUGGUGUACUUGAACAGUAUGGCAAAGGGUUGUGUAGCGAACAUUGCUGCUAAGCUCGAGAUCAUGGAGCCUUGUUGCAGUGUCAAGGAUAGGAUUGGGUACAGUAUGGUUACUGAUGCUGAGCAAAAAGGAUUCAUAUCACCUGGAAAGAGUGUUCUUGUGGAACCUACAAGUGGAAACACGGGUAUUGGACUUGCGUUUAUCGCUGCUUCAAGAGGCUACCGACUCAUCUUGACAAUGCCAUCAUCCAUGAGUAUGGAGAGAAGAGUUCUUCUAAAGGCGUUUGGAGCUGAGCUUGUGCUGACUGAUCCUGCUAAAGGCAUGACCGGUGCAGUUCAGAAGGCUGAGGAAAUCUUGAAAUCAACUCCUGAUGCUUACAUGCUCCAACAGUUUGACAACCCUGCCAAUCCAAAGAUCCAUUAUGAGACUACUGGUCCUGAGAUAUGGGAAGAUACAAAGGGAAAGGUGGAUAUAUUUGUUGCUGGGAUUGGAACUGGUGGGACUAUCACUGGUGUUGGUCGGUUCAUUAAAGAGAAAAACCCCAAAGUGCAGGUUAUUGGUGUUGAACCAACUGAAAGCGACAUACUUUCUGGUGGCAAACCGGGACCUCACAAGAUUCAAGGGAUUGGAGCUGGAUUUAUACCUAAGAAUUUGGAUCGGGCAAUUAUGGAUGAAGUCAUAGCGAUUUCAAGUGAGGAAGCUAUAGAAACUGCAAAGCAACUAGCUCUCAAAGAAGGCUUGAUGGUUGGAAUAUCAUCUGGAGCUGCUGCUGCUGCUGCAAUCAUGGUAGCAAAGAGACCUGAGAAUGCAGGGAAACUCAUUGCUGUUGUUUUCCCGAGCUUUGGAGAGCGAUAUUUAUCAACCCCUCUGUUCCAGUCUAUCCGGGAAGAGGUUGAGAAAAUGCAGCCUGAGAUAUGAACAAAAGCAAAUAUCUUUCUUCUACUGUUAGGUUUGCCUCUUGAGAGUGCUAAGCCAUUCUUGCUUAUCAAUAAGCCAAAUAGUGCAACUUGUAUUGUUCAACAUUUCUAUCAAAAAUCCCCAAUGGAUAAUUAAUUAGAUACAAUUAAACAAGAUGAAUUAUCCAUCUAUAUUUUUUUGUUAACCAAUAAAUUGUAGCCGUUGGUGUGUAAUAUGUACGAUUAUUUAAA